GCCAGUUCGUCGCCACGCACGCACGCAUGUCGAGCGCAUCUGCCCACGCAAUGGCACCUCAUUCGACCCGGUCGUUCGGGUGCACGUUAAACGCGAGUUAAAAAUAGCGGGAACAAGCCAAUCCAGUGGCGCCGAUGAGAAUAUAUCGGCCAAUGAAAACGCGAGGUGACGGGCCUUGCCAGGAGAGUUCAGAUUUGUAGCAUGAGCACCGAGAAGGCAGCGCCACCACCGCUCUUCUCGAUACCGUCCAAGAAGGGCGUGCAUCGGACGCCACAGCCCUUCACGACGACGGAAGGCCGCUUCAAGUGGCAGAACGCGCACUCCAACACAGAUGCGUUGUACAAGCUACCUGGCACACUCAGUCCGAUGAGCAAAAGCUUCGGCACAAGCACGCGCGAAGAUUGGGACCCGCGCUCAAAGCGGCCGGUCGCUGGUAUCGGCUCGUACGAGGCCCCUAAGUCGUGCGGGAAGCAAGUGUCGUCCAUGGCCCGCACAGCCUCGGACCUCUCGUUUAGCAUUGCGGCGCGGUCCUCGAGCCGCACCAACAACACGCCGAGCCCUGGACCCAUUUACAACAUGCCGGGCGCGUUCGACAAUAAAGUUACAAACGCGUUUGGCUUUGGCACCUCGAAGCGCCCGCCGCUCGACGGCGCUGGGUUAGGCCCAGGCCCAACAACCGCGACGCCCGGGCCUGGAUCCGCGCCCAAAUACGCGUCGCCCUGCAUUUCGUCCACGUUUGGCUCGGAGAAGCGGCUGCGCCAGAACGCAGGUAUCAAGACGCCAGGACCGGUCUAUGACGUCGAGUGCACAGGCUUUCGCACCGGACCCAAGUCGUCCUUUAGCGUCGCCCGGCGACUUUAAUCCACUUGAUGGUGCAUCUUGGAUCAUUUUUAUGCA